UGUAAUUUUCACUCUCUUUCUCGAUAGCAUCUCUGAAAUGCUCCAAAAAUCUUAUCCAACGCUCCUCCCUCUCUGAUUGAUCAGAAGUCCUUUCCGCUCGAGAAAAUCCAUGGCUUCCGAAGCUCAUCACCACGACCACGACCACCACCACCAUGACCAUGACGAAGCAACGGAAUCUUGGGUUGGGCAGGAUGGGAGAGUGUACCAUUCCCAUGAUGGCUUAGCACCGCACUCCCAUGAGCCAAUCUACUCCCCUGGUUAUUUCUCCGCCCGCGCCAGGCCGCUUUCCACUCGGAACUUCAGGGAACGGGCCUUCACCAUCGGCAUCGGUGGCCCCGUUGGCACUGGGAAAACAGCAUUAAUGCUGGCACUAUGCCAAUUCCUGCGUGACAAGUACAGCCUAGCUGCGGUGACAAAUGAUAUAUUUACAAAAGAAGAUGGAGAAUUUCUAAUAAAGCAUGGAGCACUUCCUGAAGAAAGAAUUCGUGCUGUUGAAACUGGAGGAUGCCCUCAUGCAGCGAUACGUGAAGAUAUAAGUAUAAAUCUUGGUCCUCUAGAAGAGCUGUCCAACUUAUUUAAAGCUGAUCUACUACUUUGUGAAUCUGGAGGAGAUAAUUUGGCUGCCAAUUUUAGUAGAGAGUUAGCAGAUUAUAUCAUAUACAUCAUUGACGUUUCUGGUGGUGAUAAAAUACCUAGAAAAGGUGGUCCAGGAAUAACCCAAGCAGAUCUCCUGGUAAUAAACAAGACGGAUCUUGCACAGGCAGUGGGAGCUGAUUUAGCAGUGAUGGAGCGAGAUGCACUUCGCAUGCGUGAUGGAGGCCCUUUUGUCUUUGCUCAGGUGAAACAUGGAGUUGGUGUAGAAGAAAUUGUUAACCAUAUCUUGCAAGCCUGGGAGGUAGCUACAGGGAAUAAGCGCCAUUGAUGAAGAAGGACAAUGACGUUCCUUUGUUACUAUAUUAUAUUUUAACACUAACCUUAGCAAAGGGACUGAACUCGAUCACCGGUGAGCCGGCAUUGCCCAAUCCUAGAACAUGGUCAAAUAAAAUCAGGAAAUCUAAUGCUUCAUCUAGUUACUUUAGUGAUGCAUUUGAUGUACUAUUAAAUUCUAGAUAUCAAAUUUCUAGUAAUUUGAAUGGAAAACCCAUUUGAGAAGUUGAUCAUAUUUUAGUCAGAAA